AAGGGACGGCAUCCACUUAAAGGAGAUCUGUAUCCCCACCCCCGCCUCGCCAGCCUGCUUCUGGCUCAGCGGAGGCGCUAUCCGGCCAGCAGGGCCGCAGGGCCGCCCCCGCGCCGGUCUGCUCUGCUCGGCGCGGUGCCAGCGGGCGGGCUUGCUCGCGCCUUCGGCACUGACGUCAGCGCAUCCCGGUCUGUAUCCCGGGAGACCCUGUUGCGUGGUGAUGGGUUGCCAGGGAGACAUACACCUUUUCUCUGGGCCUGGGCCGCAGCUGCGCGGAGCGCCAGCACGGAUGGCGGCGGCCUGGGGGAGUGAGGGGAGGGAGAGCAGGCGAGCUAGGAAACACCCAGCAGGUGCACCUCCCCCCAGGCCUGACCGGAAGCUACCACCCAGGGGGUCCUGUGAGCCAGGUGAAUGUUGGAGACACAGUCGCGAUGCUGCCCAAGUCCCGGAGAGCCCUAACUAUCCAGGAGAUCGCUGCUCUGGCCAGAUCCUCCCUGCAUGGUAUUUCCCAGGUGGUGAAGGACCACGUGACCAAGCCUACCGCCAUGGCCCAGGGCCGAGUGGCUCACCUGAUUGAAUGGAAAGGCUGGAGCAAGCCGAGUGACUCGCCUACUGCCCUGGAAUCAGCCUUUUCCUCCUAUUCAGACCUCAGCGAGGGUGAGCAAGAGGCUCGCUUUGCAGCAGGAGUGGCUGAGCAGUUUGCCAUUGCAGAAGCCAAGCUCCGGGCAUGGUCUUCAGUGGAUGGCGAGGACUCCACCGAUGAAUCCUAUGAUGAGGACUUUGUUGGAACUGACUCAGACUUGGCUGCGCAGCUGCCUCUGGGGCCCCACCUCCAGGACCUCUUCACUGGCCACCGAUUCUCCCGGCCUGUACGCCAGGGCUCCGUGGAGCCUGAGAGCGACUGCUCGCAGACCGUGUCCCCAGAGACCCUAUGCUCUAGUCUGUGCAGCCUGGAGGAUGGUUUGCUGGGCUCCCCGGCCCGGCUGGCCUCCCAGUUGCUGGGCGAAGAGCUGCUUCUUGCCAAACUUCCCCCCAGCCGGGAAAGUGCCUUCCGUAGCCUGGGCCCACUCGAGACCCAGGACUCGCUCUACAACUCGCCCCUCACGGAGUCCUGCCUUUCCCCUGAGGAGGAGGAGACAGCCCCCUGCAAGGACUGCCAGCCGCUCUGCCUGCCACCAGUGGGCAGCUGGGAACGGCAGCAGCAAGCCUCUGACGUAGCUUCAUCUGGGGUGGUGUCCUUAGAUGAGGAUGAGGCAGAGCCGGAGGAACAGUGACCCAAAUUAUGCCUGGUGGCGGCAUGCGUCCCUGGGCUGCUGCGGGGGGCAGAGCCUCCUGCCCAGUGCGUGCCCAGGUGCGGUGGGAGGCUCCCCGCAGAGCUCCAAAGCCGUGAGGGCUCCUGGGAACACUCACUCCUCUGUUGUGUUUUGCAUGAAAGUGUUUGGAGAGGAGGCAGGGGCCAGGCUGGGGGGCGCAUGUCUUGCCCCCACUCCUGGGGUUUGCCGGGGGUUGCCCGGGGCCCCUGGGGCAUGGCCACAGCUGUGGCAGACAGUGAUGUUCAUGUUCUUAAAUCAGAAACACCACAUACACAUGUCCUCCUUGGAUGAUGUGAGCCCCUAAGGGGGUGGUUGUGACUGGGCUGUGUGGGGUAGAGGGAGAGGGAGCUUGGCCUCCCGCUCCUGUCUCCCCAGGCCUCUCUCUUCUCUGCUUCUCUCACCUCCCAGUCCAUGUGCUGUGCUUGAUAGCAUCACCUCCCCCCACAGUGGGGGUGGCUCUCACCCUCCGGGAGCCUAAGGAUUGAGCCGUCUCCCAAGGGCCCCUUGCCCAGCUGGGCUUGUGCUGUGCUUCACCUCCCCCUUGUCUCUAAAUCUUCUUUUCCCUAAAGAAAGGGGUUUUGGUCUGUUCUUUCAGUUGGAUCUUCUCUGGGAGGCACUGGAAUGAUGAAAGCACGUGCCCUCCACCCUUUUUCUGGCCCCUCUGGUGGCGUCAGGGGUACGCCCCCUGUAGGAGGUGUUGGCAGGAUCCUGGUGGCUCACAGACCGACCACGGCCAUCUUAGCCAUGGCCGGUCCCUUCACCCAGAGUCCUAAUUAUGGUGGAGGCAAAGAAGGGACAGCUCUGGUUGCUGGCGCUGUGACUUGAUGUUCCAGUGAGGGCCACAAGAGGGCCACGUGGCAUUGUCUGAUGCUGCCUGGGUUGGGCAGGUAAAGUGCCAGUGAGUGACAGUCAUGGGGGGAGUAUGUCUCCUUGGGGCAGGAGAGUGGUGGUAGUGCCUUUCUUGGCUGAAUGGAAGAACCAGAGCUAAAGUACCGGGGGCCUCUGCCCCAGCCAGUUGUUGGUGGGCAGGCGGCGGAGGCCUCUGCAGAUCUGGCUUUCCCCGGACAGUGGGAGUGUUAGGGCCUUGGGGGGUGGGGGGGGUUGCUGCAGACUUUGGAGCCUUGUAGGCUUUGACAGGUAAGAGGGCCCAAGGUAAGAAGAAGAGCUGAUGGGCACAGACAUUCUAUAUAUAAGUGGCUCAUUAGGUGUUUAUUUUGUUCUAUUUAAGAAUUUGUUUUAUUAAAUUAAUAUAAAAAUCUU